UUGAGAUUCUUAGAUUCAUUUAAGUUUUUAUCGUGUAAAUUAGAAGAAUUGGCCAUAAAUCUCAGUAAUGAUCAAUUUCAAGAAUUACGUAGAAAUUACCCUAAUGAUGAAGAUUUCUUUCGUUUAAAACGGAAAGGUGUUUAUCCAUAUGAACUUAUGACUAAUUAUGAUAGUUUAAGCCUAACAUCGCUCCCUGAACAAAAAUGUUUUUAUAGUUCGCUCACAGAUUCACAUAUUUCAAAUGAUGAUUACAAUCAUGCUAAAGAUGUUUGGGAACAUUUUGGGUGUUGUAAUAUGCUAGAUUAUUCAAACCUGUAUUUAAAAACAGACGUUUUACUUUUAUCCGAUGUAUUUGAAAACUUUAGAAAGUUAUGUAUUAAUACAUAUGAUUUAGACCCUGUCCAUUAUUACACAGCACCCGGUUUAAGUUGGGAUGCAAUGUUAAAAUAUACAAAAAUAGAAUUAGAACUUUUAACAGAUUAUGAGAAAAUUGCAUUUAUUAGAUCAGGUAUCAGAGGUGGUGUAUCUCAAUGUAGUAAUCGUUAUGCUAGAGCUAAUAACAAAUACAUGGAGGAUUAUGAUACAGGGAAACCAAAUUCAUAUAUCACAUAUUUUGAUGCCAACAAUUUAUAUGGUUGGGCUAUGUCUCAAUAUCUUCCUACUGGUGGAUUCGAAUGGGUAAAUCCAAAUACAGAAUUUAAUGUUUUUAAGACAUCAGACUUCGGUUUUAUUUUAGAAGUUGAUUUGGAAUAUCCAGAUGAACUUCAUGAUUUACAUUCGGACUUUCCUUUAUGUCCAGAAAACAUUUGUGUAGGCAAUAUUAAUGAGAAUAAACUAGUCCCAAAUUUAAAUAAUAAAGAUAAAUAUGUAAUUCAUUACAGAAAUUUAAAGCAGUGCAUAGAAAUGGGGGUUAAAUUAACUAAAAUUCAUAGAGUUUUAAAAUUUAAACAGUCUCCCUGGUUGAAGAUGUACAUAGAUCUAAACACAAAAUUAAGAACUUUAGCAAAAUCAGAUUUCGAAAAAGAUUUUUAUAAAUUAAUGAAUAAUUCAGUCUUCGGUAAGACUAUGGAGAAUAUUGAAAAAAGGGUUAACAUAAAAUUAGUUACGCACUGGGAGAACCAGGGUAAAGCUUUAGGUGCUCAAGAUCUAAUCGCUAAACCACAAUUUCAUAGCCUUUCAAUAUUUUCGGAAAACCUAGUUGCGGUUCAGUUGCGAAAAACGAAGUUAAUAUAUAACAAACCAAAUUAUUUAGGGUUUUGCAUUUUAGAUAUUUCAAAAAUAUUAAUGUAUGAUUUUCAUUAUAACUAUAUGAUUAAAAAGUUUAGUAAAAUCAAAUUAUUGUAUACAGAUACGGAUAGUUUAAUAUAUCAUAUAUUUACAAAUGAUUUUUACAUUGAUAUAAAACCUGACCUUUCAUCAUACUUUGAUACCUCAGAUUAUGAUACAAAUAAUAUUUUUGAAUAUCCAAAAUUAAAUAAAAAGAAAUUAGGUUUUUUUAAAGAUGAAAAUAAUGGUAAAAUCAUGAAAGAAUUUGUGGGUUUACGAUCCAAAAUGUACGCUUUUAACUUAGAGAAUAAGACUAUAGCCAAUGCAAAAGGGGUAAAUAAAUGUAUCACUAAAAACAUGACAAUGAAUAGUUAUAAGUCUUCUCUAUUUAAUAAAAAAGUGCAAUAUUAUAGUAUGCUUAGAUUUAAAUCAAUUAAACACACAAUUUUCACACAAAAAUUAAAUAAGAUAGGUUUAUCAUAUAAUGACACAAAGAGACAUAUUUUAGAUAAUAAUAUUGAAACAUUAGCUUGGGGUCAUUAUAAACUGCGUUAA